CGGAUACUUCAAUUCAGGUAUGUACCGAACGAAAGAAUACGAAAGAUUUUUGUACUCAACGAGUAGGAGUUGAUACUCGCAAUAUUCGAAUAUUGAGAGAAUCUAACGAAUCACCAAUGCUUUUCUGCUCAAUCCAUUUGUUGSCCAACCUAUGUAACUACUAGUGUGCGAAUUGGAUCUCGUAUUUUCGCUCCAUAAAUCGCUUUUGAUUUUGUUUGAAAUGUUCAUUGGUGGUAUGCUCUGUGAGAGCAAUAAACGAGAAGUUCUAAAAGCCAUCAAYGAGGCYGAAGAAUUGGUGGAAGAGCUGACGAAACCUGGGGAAGAUACSGCGAGUCAAUUGGACGACGGUUUGAGCUUCCAAGAGCAAUUCCAACUCGGGCGAAAGCCAGGCCGACGACAGGGAAGUCAGCGAAAAAUGUAGCGGAAUCUUGUGAUUAACAAUGAUUGCAUUAAUUAGCAUCACCUCCCACAAUCUCAUCGUGAAUGAUGAGUUUUAACCACUUAUUUCAAUGUAUCAACUAUCUACUACUGGUUGUAGUCACAGUCAUCCUACUGGUGGGAUAUUCAGGUUGAUUUGGUUAGACUGCGAAAAUUACCAAUCCACAAUAUGCGUAUCGAAAAAUUAAUCUGAAGUCGUUAA